AUGGCGCCCACAAAGACGCGCAGAUCAAUCUCGAGACCUUCGAGUGUGGCGUCGUCGCCGCGCAAGUCCCGAGCGGCGCUGCUUGGAGAGAAGCAGAUCAUCGCAAAGCAAAAAGUGGAUGUCGACAUCAGGCAUGGCCUUGCUGCUGCAACCGAUGACCACGAUGCGCACAAAGACGACGACGACGACGACGACGACGAUGAAGCGGCGUUCGAGAGUGUGCUCGAGCAUGCCCACACGUGAGUCUUGCUCCCGCCGCGCGCACACCAAGCAUACACGCAUGCACGCAUGCACGCAUACACGCACCACUCGGCUCACCAUCCCCCUCCCCCUCCUCGACAGCGUUGCGCAAAUGCUUGACGCUGCUCGAACAGCUCCGAGCCGUACUCCACCGCUCACCCUCACGCUGCUCUCGAAUGCUCUGCGCAGACGAUUGGCGCAGGGUGCAGAGGCAGAGGCUGGGGCUGAGGCUUCGAGGGGUGAUGAGGCGGUACAGAUCGACUGGACGAGGUACGCGUACUGGCCAGAAGGCUUGAUUCAGGAGGAGCUCGCUCUCAAUGUGAGUUGGGGCGGGGCGGGGGCGGGGACUGCGGCGUGCGCGUGCGCGUGCGCGUGUUCGCUCACUCACCCGCACACACACACACACACACACACGCGCGCGCGCGCAGGACUACUUUAAGCGCCUCAAAUUCAUCCACUUGGAAGUCGAGACCAAACGUUUGUUCCUUGCUCAGACCAUGCCUGGUUUCGCUGCCAACGAAGAGGAGGAGGAGGAGGUGAUCUACUCUGCUGCAGAUGUGGCAGCGUUGGGUGAGUGGGGCAGAGGAAGGAGCGUUGCGGGGAGAGGUAGCGUUGCGGGGAGAGGUAGCGUUGCGGGGAGAAGAAGGAGCGUUGCGGGGAGAAGAAGGAGCAUCGCCUCGACGCCCCGCCCCGCGCUCACAUCCUCUCGCUCUCUGGCCGUCCACGCAGAGCAAACGGCGAGCGAGCUCAAGUUGCAGAUGCGCAGCGCAAAGGCGCAGAUCAAAUCUCUCCGCAGCGCCAUCGAUGCGUGCGCAGGCGCCCUGCUGCCACCGAACACGGCACGCUCGACGCCGACGCCGUUGCCGACACCGACGCCUUCCAAGCGUCGAAAAGCAUCCGAAUCGUCGUCGUCGUCGUCGUCGCGCGGUGCAGUGGGCGAGUUGUUGGAGCAGUCCAUGGAAGCAUCGCAUCUGAUCGAGGAUAUUGCGGAUUUGGAGCUGCGCAUCGCUAGGACCAAAGCGGCUGGAGGUGGUAGCAGGCCAAACUUUGAGAAUCGCAAAGAGCUGGAGAGCAUACCGAAAAUGGCUACGCUCACGCCAGACGAAGCUGCAGAGUGGUGCGAUAGGCAGGUGAGUCGCGUGUGCGUGUGCGUGUGCGUGUGCGUGUGCGUGUGCGUGUGCGCCUGCGAGCAGUGCGGAUCGCGAGGGGGAGCGCAUUCAUUCAGCGCGCAUCCAUCCAGCGCGCAUUGAUCCAUGCUCACGCAUUCAUUCACGCUCACACGCACGCGUCCUCGAACACAGAUCGACGAGAUGCAAUACCUCGCCAGCGCAUCCACAACUCUGCAAAAGACCAUUGAUGCGCGCAAAUCCGAGCUGAUAGCCGCUCACAGAUCUCUGGACAGGUUGAAUGUGGAGCGAGGAGUGGCGGAGCAGUACGCCGAAGAAGCGGAUAGGGCGGGUGUGGUUCAAGAAGCGCUUGCUGAGAGGGGCAACGGUAACGGUAACGGUAACGCCGGCGCCGGCGCCGGCGCCGCGAGCGCAGGCAAGGGAAGAGAUUUGGAAAUCGAGAGGAUAUGUCUCGAGUGAGUUUGCCCCCCGCGCCCCGGCCCCGCGCGCGCGCGCGCCUUAUUUCCCCGCUCAAGCCACGCAACCAACACCCAACAGGCACGCAGAUACGCUCGAAAUUCUUCGCACCAUCCUUGGCGUGCAAGCCAUCUCUGCUCCAGACUCCAAGACGCUGCGCGUCGUGUACAGCGUGGCGGCGCGAGACAAUAAGCAUAGCGCGAGCGGGAGCGGGAGCGCGACGGCGGUGUUCAGAUUCGACAGGCCAGCUGGCAAGCUGCUGAAAUUCAGCGUGAGUGUCGGGGAGCGCGCGCGCGCGCAGCACCACACAUGCUCACUCGCCGCGCACCAUCACCACCACAUCCUCACUCGCCCUCAACGCGCAGGUGACGGACGAGGAUGACAAGGACUUGCUGCAAAACAUUGCACCGCCACAUUCCUACGCAAGAGCAGCGUUGGACGCUGCGCACGCAUCCAACGACCUGCCAGGUCUGGUUCGAGAGCUCAUCAUGGCCCUCGACGCCUAG